AUGGUCCUGGUUGUGACCUUUGCCAUUGCGGAUAUAUUUGCAGGUGCUUUCAUAUGCUGGCCCAUUCACUAUUUAUGGGCUGAGAGUCAUGAUGGCCACUGCAUUAAUAUCUGGAAGUUCUACCGCUAUGGCACAUUACCUAACAUCAUCAUCGAUGUCUUCAUGCUCAUACUUCCAAUGCCUGUCGUCUGGCGCCUUCAAGUUUCUAGACAGGUGAAGAUGGGUCUCGGUGCGACAUUUCUCACUGGUAGCAUUGGCCUAGCAACAUCAAUCGCGCGCACUGUAACCUUUUUUAAGCAUGACCCCCUUGCGGAUGCCACUUGGAUAUCCGUGACGUUUCUGAUAUGGAGCAUUGUUGAACCUGGGGUGUAUCUGAUUGCUGCUUGUCUUCCUUGCUACCGCCCCCUCAUAAAAUUCAUACUGGAACGUAACCAAAAAGCAACCAGCACUCCAUACCGUGCUAAAGGUCCAAAUGACCUUUCACUAAAGAGCUCCUACAGCGCUAGGAAGGAUGAAAGCUUUCAUGCCGGGUCGACGAGGCCCCAGUCUGAUAUUGAGAUGGGUACACCGGUGCGGCCUAGAGUUGCUUCGGGCCAUGAAAGCGAUGAGCAAAGCCUGAUCAGCUAUAGGAUCUGA